AUGUCAUUCCCGGGAUCGCGCGGCCCACCUCCGCCACCUCUCGGUGGCGUACCUCUGAUUCCCGCUCCUGGAUAUCCGAUGCCACAACCCGUAUUAGGACUCCCAGUGAUGGGACCUCCAGGCGUCCCGGUUGUCGGAAUGCCUGGCGGUUUGCCGCCGGGUUUACCCCCUGCGAUACCUCCGGCAGUGAAUUCUCAAGAACGUAGACCUCGCGUGCCCUAUUCGAAACCUCCUCCGAAAAAUCUCAAUCAGCAAUCUUCGACUGAUGAAAAAGUCUCCACCAUAACCGUUUUUGUUGGAAAUAUCACCGAACGCGCAACUGAUAACCUGGUCCGAGCUGUACUCGCCAAGUGCGGGUACAUAGCGAAUUGGAAGCGAGCCCAUGGCGCUAACGGAAUUCUCCAGGGCUUCGGAUUCUGUGAAUUCUCAGAGCCCGAUGCCGCCAUGAGAGCCAUACGAUUGCUCAACGAUAUGGAGAUCGGAGACAAGAACCUUAUGGUCAAAGCCGAUUCUAAAACGAAGGAAAUGCUUUCGAAAUAUGACGAGGAACGUCGAUCAGCCGUUGGCAACGGGAGCGCCGAUGAUUAUGUUGAGCUGACCAAGAAGGUGGAUCGAGAGGUCUUGGAUCAAAUCGAACAGCUCCUGAAAGUUCACGCAGCAGAACUCAAGCAGAAGAGCGGCAUCGACAAGGAGAAAGCGGACAAGGACAAAGACCGUGGUCAGAGGAAUAACCGAGUUUUGAUACAAGAAUCCAUGGAUGACAUGGAGCUUGACGAAGAGAAAAAGAGUCUCAUCACGCGGGAGAUCGACAAAUUCCGGGACGCCUACAAAAAAGAAGAAGAGGAGAGCGGGAGCCGUAAAGACGAGAAAAGAAAACGGAGUCCAUCGCCUAGCAACGGGACCCGGAAAAGGGAACGCGAGCGACGGCGAAGCAGGAGUCCUAGGCCGCGAUCACCUAGACGCACACCGGAAAGAUCGAGACGAUCACCCGAUGGACGACCAUCCGACAGAAAAAGCCGAGAGCAAAGACCGAACAGUGUAGACGACGAUGAAAGAUACCAGAAGGAACUCCGAGAGAAAGCGAAGGAACGCGAGAGAGAGUACAUGAGGAUAGAGAGGGAGAAACGACGGGAAGAUAAGAAUGUGCUCGAUGAAAGCGAAGAGGAAGAGUUGCAAGAGAGAAAGCGUAACGAGAAACGACUCCGAGAGAAGGAAGCCAAUUAUCAGGAUCACCUCAAACAAUGGGAGGCGAGAGAGAAACGACGUGCCAAGGAGUACCUCAAAGAGAAGGAGAGAGAAGAAGAGCGCCUGAUCGAAGAACAGAAAGAAGCUCGACGCUUACGCGAAUUCUUCGAAGAUUACGACGAUGAACGGGACGAUCCUCGUUUCUACAGCGGAGCCUCCCUCCAAAGACGGAUGCGGGAGCGCGAGCGAGAAAGCGAAUGGGAUCUACGAGAUCGCCAACGCGAGCGAGAAGAGUUCGAUGAACUGAAACGAAGACUGGCGCAAGAGGGUCACCCGGACCCCGAGGGCGAAGCCCAGCGGCAGCUCAGCCACAGCCAGCGCAAGCGAAUGACCACGAUCAGAUCGAUGCCGAGUUCGAAAAAUCAUCCCGCCGAGGAAGAACGCGCUGCGCGCGAGCAACGUGAAGCGAAGGAGAAAACGAAGGAAGACAAGCUCCGACACAUCAAGACUUUGGUGGAGAAAAUUCCAUCUAACAAAGAGGAGUUGUUCGCUUACGAUCUCGAUCGCAGUUUGGUGGAUGAAACUUUGAUGGAGAGACGUGUUCGUCCCUGGAUAAACAAAAAAAUAGUCGAGUAUAUCGGUGAAGAAGAGGCAACUCUGGUGGACUUCAUUUGCACGAAAAUAAUCGCCGGGGCCGACGCUAAAAGUCUCCUUGGGGAUGUCUCUAUAGUGUUAGAUGUCGAGGCGGAAAAUUUCGUAGUCAAAAUGUGGAGGCUUUUGAUAUACGAAGUAGAGGCGAAGAAAGUGUCAUUAGAGGGCGCGACGGGCUGAGCACCUGCAGCCGGGUCAUCGCCGUCUCACUGGAACCCCUCCACGAGCUUCUCGUAGGAUUGAGACUUCCAGAUAAGCUGGAUCGCUUAGGACCUAGACAGGUCC